AUGAGUCCAGAUCAGAAUGCAAGGGCAUUGACAUCAAUAGCCGGUGCUCAUAACCAACAGGUUAUGAGCCCAAGCGGCUCCGCACAACCAAGCGUGCCUCCGUUCCCCACGGCAGCAGGGCCGUCAGCACAGUUCGGAGGCAUUCAGUUCAUGCAAGCAACCCGGCUGGAGAUCCCGACGUCAAUCCUUCAGCAGUUUGCACAGGCAGCUUCGCUGGAUGCUUCUAUGCUCCAUGACCUGAGAGCAGCUGUCAUUGAACUGAAUGAUCGUAUGCAGUAUAGAUCCAACGUUUUGGGAGAUGCAUGCGUAACGCUCCACUCUGGAUACAAUGCCAUAGUGGAUAACCUGGACAGGCUCCAACAAGGAAUGGAGGCCCAUAGUCGUACUUUGGCCUUUCUCAUGAAUGAAAACCUGUCUUUAAAGCAAGAGAUAGAAUCCACCGGUGAGCAGCUCAGCACGGACAUGCGACAACAGUUUGCAAUCGUUCGCGAGCAGUUGAGUGCGGUCCAGAUGAAGGCGGAAACGGCCAUGAUGGGCCCGCAACAAUGGCAAGCCCAGGUUGAGGCACACAUUGUAACAAUUCAAAACAACCUUGAGGCUGGACUCCGGAAGGCCAGUUCUGAGAAUGAGACCCUGCGAUCUCGUGUUGGUGUGCUUGAACAGGCAAAUCAAGAGCGGGAGCGGGAGUGGCAAACUUUUCGGCAGGAGCAUCGCGCUUCAGCUGAUCAGAAGGGCUGCGACUCAACUGAGGUCCGCACUCAGGUCGAUGAACUGUGUGCUACUAUGACAGAUCAUGGGCAGCGCCUCGAUGUGAUUUCCCGGGAUGUUGCAGAUCUGCAUGCUUCAGUGGCAGAAGUAGAAUCAUCAGUGUCUCAUUUGGAGGGUCACAGCGCGACCAUCCGAGAGGAGAUCAGGGGUUUACAUCAGAUUUGCGAGCAUUUUGCCGUCUACACAGAUGAGGAACCUGUUGUUGGUGAUCCGGGGAUGGAAGAUUAUGAAGCAGGGUGGUGGGGUCAGCAUAAUGAUGUAGAUGCGAUGCCACAGGGUCCGCCGCCUGGCUUCGGGGAUCAGCCGCUGCACCCACCGGGGACCACACAGAUCCCGCGCAGAAUGUGCCACAGGCGGCGCAAACUGCGUUCAUGCCAGAAUUCAGACCUUCAGGACCAAGUGAUCACGGAGGUAACACGAGCAUCCAUCACGGUCGGUGGAAGCUACUUCAGGAUGCUAGCAGAUGAUCGGCACAAGCAAAGGUUGGCAGGUUUGCACCAGUUGGAUCCACCACCAAGGGUCCCACAGGAGGACUCGGAGAGUGAAAACCGGCUCGUGCUACUGCUGAUCCGUUGUGUGCCCGCUGAGUUGAAGCAGAAUGUCCUUGAAAAGGGAGAUGAAUCAGAACCGAUGCGUGCAAUUGCACUCCUUGAAGGGGUAUUAGAAACAUUGCAACCAGGUGGCGCUGCAGAAAUGCAGUCGUUACAAGCUUUCGUUCGGAAUCUGAGACCUGUUGGCACUGCAAAGGAGGGUCUGAGUGUGCUCCGACGGUGGCGGCUAGCAAGAUCUAGGGCCAUAGCAUUGGCGCUCCCCCAGGUUGCCCCAUUUGAGGAGCUUGGAGCGUUGGGAACACUUGCCCAGACUCUGGAGAAGCGUCAUGACCGAUUGCGUACCAUGCUUAGUCUGCUGCGAACUAGGCCGGAAAUCAUCCGGCCAACCCCCGAGGGAGUAGACAUGAUGAUCAGCCUUUUGGACCAGCAGUUUCAGCUACUCCAUGCCGAUGAGCAGGUAAAAACGAGUCGCGGUCGCGGCCAGGAGGAUGAUCUCGAUCCAACGGCAAAGAAGGGCAAAGGCAAGGACGGAAAAGGCAAAGGCAAGGGUAGCAAGGGUACGGGUAAGGAUUCAGGUUCAAAAGAUGUGAAGCAGGAGUGCAUAGAACCGGGUCCAGUAGAUCUGUCAAGUGAGGGUGAAGAGUCGCCCGAGCCGUCCGAGCCAGCACCGAGUGAGGAGGAGUCUGAAGGUGUAGAAUCAAUUCCGGAGGCCGGUGGCCCGCUCUGGGUUCUUGACUUGUCCCUACGGGAUUACAUCCAUUGGACGCGCCCAUCGCAGACUCAGGUGUGUGCAGACCGAGAUUUUCGUGAGGAGGAGAAUCCUAACUCCAUUGUGUGGGCAGUCUGGGAUACGAUCAUUCAUGAUGAGCUAGAUGUAGAUGAAACGGGCACCAUACCCAUCGCGGAGGGAGUGUGCAUGAUCAAGUGUGAUACCACAGUUGUCCUUUGCGAAGAUGGGGUUGGAAGGCCCUGCUUUGUGGUUUGGAUUCAGGAGGAGAGUUCAGGUCGGGAAAGGCAGCUUGCUUUGGCCCAGAUACAGCACCGACCAAGGGUGCGACGCUGGCCCGAGAUCCCCGAUCCCCAUGCGGCUCCAGCAAGAGCUCCCGAUGCCGCGUCCGCUUACGUGAGGGGCGCUCCACCGGCAAAGGCAAGCAGCACUGGUAGGUGUGAGGAGGAGCGAUGUGUUCUUGCGGACACCGGUGCAAAUGAGCUUAUCAGGUCUAGUCAGGUUCGCCUCACGCUAGCCGAUGGCAACACUACAUGUGCAUGGCGUACGAGGGACGGUGAGCUUGCAAUGCCUGGUGAUGAGACCUCCUGGAUUGUCCCUGUAGGUAGGCUGGUGCAGCUAGGCUAUAGGUUUGUCUGGGAUCUGGAUUUGGGUGCUAGGUUAGUGCGGGAGACUGAAGCUGGAUGUGAAACCAUCCACAUGUUCGUCGACAAUGGCUUGCCUUACCUUUACUGGUCGGAUUUUGCCCACCUUCGCAAACAGCUGUCAGCCGCUUUCCGAAACCAGAAGAGGAGCUGCUGUGCCGUCGCGAGUAACGAGAGCGAGCUUAUGAACAUGUUUGUAACACCGGAUGAUUUGCAUGAGUGUGAGGCUGAGGCUAAGGAGUGUGUGUCCCCAGAUUCCAAGGCAUGCAUUGGAGAGCAAGUCGCAGCAGCCUUCUUGAAGCUUGAGAGCAUCACAUAUGACCAUGUUUUGGAGGCUGUCAUGAAGGCGGGUUUGAAACCUCAGAGCAAGUCGAGAUCCUGUGCUGUAGGUCUUGAGGGUUCAGAGGGCAUAAAGUCAUGGGUGUUUGGUGCUUACGGUCAUGGCCCGCACUGCGGCGUGACAACGCGAACCAAUCAAUUCCCGAACCUUGUUGCCUUGAUCAAUCGCUUCAUGCAGCAAGAGAUGCCCACUGCAUCCUGGUCGUCUUUUACCAUAUCCCAAGACGUUACCUUUACCCCGCAUAAGGACACCCAUAAUGAACCUGAUUCCCUAAACGUGCUUGUCGUGCUAAACCACAAGGGCCAGUGCAAGGGCGGCAGUUUGUGGAUUGAGCAGGAGGAUGGCGAUCAAAUGCGCCAGAUCAAGCCGGAUCUGAAUCUUCGGGGUGUUGUCAUGCCGGUGCUAAGGCGUCCAGUGCAGUUCAGUCCAACAAAGUGGCAUGGAACCACGCCUUGGAAGGGCACACGCGUAGCAUUGUCAUUUUUUACGACUAGGAACGUGCUUACCUUGCCGGCAGAUGAACAGAGGCGAUUGAAGGAGUUGCACUUUCCAACCUGCGAGGCAGUUGCUGCUGCGGCCGAACACAUCGCAUUCCCCCUAAGCCUGAACCCCGCCGAUGACCAGUUUCCUGAGGACCUUGAAGCCAAGACGACGGACGCGACGGUAGGCGAGGGUCAGUUCAGGGAGAAUGUGUCGGAUGAAUUCCAGGAUGGCGGGUUGUUUGGAGAUGUGUUUCAGGGUCUAGCUGAUCCCGAUGGUCCGCCCGCGAGCUCCGACAUGUGGCCUUUGGAUGACGAUCUAGCGGAGUAUGAGCCUUCGCUUGCAGAUCCUGAGGACAUUUUCCAUGCGAGUCAAUUCGAUGAUCAACCUGGUGAGGCAAGUUCCCGGGAGUUUGCGUUGCCUGCGGCUGCGCCGGAAGCUCCGAAAGAACCUGUCAAGGCGAAACCGGGUCACACACUUGACGAUUACCGUGCUAGAGGAACCAAGAAGCCGCACCGCAAAGUGCAGCCGUCCGAUGUUGCAAAGGGGGUGUGUUCAGACUUGAAGAUGGUGCCACUCUCCAAUUUGUCCAGCCACUGCAACGCAGAUUCUGGUCAGAUGUUCUCAGUGGAGUACGUGGCUGUGAACUGGCAGAAGUAUCAUCUGCUUUCCUAUGAGGAGGAGCAGUUGGCGAAUCAAGUCGAGGAGAAGCUACUGGAAGCGAGCACAGCGCCGGCUCAAGCGGAGACGGUGGACUUGAAGGGUUUCUAUAAGGGUGACAGACAGCAGCAGUGGAAAGCCUCACUUGUGAAGGAGUAUGGGAAGAUGAAAGAUGUCCUUGAGGAAGCGACCCGGGAUCAACUACAUGGCAGAUUGGGCCUGCCUGCGGGGACCCGCUUACCUCGUGAAAUCCCUUCUAAGGUUGUGGCAACACUCAAACCGAGCGAGGACCCGACGUUGGCCAACGAGGAUGGGUUUGCCGAGAAAAGCCGAAUAUGCGCUUGUGGCAACUUUGAAUCAGGAGCUGACAACAAUGGUGAACCUUGGACGUCUUCAAACAUCCCACCUGAGAUUGUGCGGACUUUCGUGUCAUUGGCUGCAUCAACGGAGAAUUGGACUUUGGGGGGCUUGGAUGUCGAGGCCGCCUUUCUGAACGCCGACAUUUCCUCCGGAGAUCCUGUGAUUAUUACUCCACCCAAAGUUAUGCGAGACCUAGGGCUCGUUGGUGCAGAAACGGUGUGGAUAGCGCGAAAGAACAUCUACGGGCUCCGUCGGGGCCCGACCGAAUGGGAGAAAGAGCGCGACACGAAGAUCAAUCAUGCAACCAUCCAGGGCUCCAAGGGCGACAAUCAUUCAGCACUGACUUUCAUUCCGAUCAACCUUGCCGCUGGCCUGUGGAAGCUGGUAGAUGAGAAGGGUGUGGUCGUUGGAGCGUGCUGUUGCUAUGUCGACGAUGGUCUGGUCGUGGGCGAUGUGGAAGUGAUCCGAAGAGUCACUGCUUUCAUUCAGAGUUUGUGGUCUAUCAAGGGUCAGGGUAUUCUUGAGAAACCAGGGGUAGGACUUAGCGGAAACCUCGUUGUGAGUGAAACCUUGACCUUGAAGCUCGUUCGGUGCAUGCGAUUCCUCGGUGCAGAGAUUGCUGUGGCGAGUGAUGGAUUGCAGAUUGGACAGGCAAAGUAUGUGGCACAAGAACUUCGGGCUCGAGGGUGGCUCACGCUCAAGGGGUCAGAAUCACUACCGGUACCAUCGGAGGGCCUUGCGGCGUCUGAGAUCCGAGACAAUGCGUUCGAAGCUAACAUGAAACUGGCCCAAAAGGAAGCUGGAACCUUGAUGUGGAUUGCACUCCGAUCCAGGCCGGACAUUGCUGCUUGCUUAGGUGUAGCCAGUACUUUGAUCACUUCCAGGCCGUCCGAGAGUCUGCGAUUGUGCAAGGGAAUCUGGCGUUAUCUUCGAAGCACUUGGGACAAAGUGAUUCAGUACAAUUACGGAGGUCCCAAGGGUCCAGACGACGCGAUGAAUGAUCCAUCAGUGUUCCGGAUAGUGUCAGAUGCCUCUCUCGCUCCAGGGGGAGCUCGUUCGAGGAGCGGCGUGGCUUUAUUCCUAGGAAGUCAUCUGCUGUACUGGAGGUCUCAAAGACAGGCUUUAGUAGCCUGGUCGGCUACCGAAAGUGAGCUCGAGGCUAUGGCUAUUGCUUUCCAAGAUGGGCUGAAGCUGCACGCAGUCAUAGCUGAACUGUCGGGCCGUGCGCCGCGCAUUUUGGCGUUCGGUGACAAUUCAGGUGCCAUCCAGCUGGUGACUAAGGAGCGCUUUCACGAGCAGACAAUGAGAACACGGCAUUUCGCAAUCCGUUGUGCUUACAUCCGAGAUCUUGUGUGGCUACAUGACAUUGAGGUUUUGCAUCGCGGGACAAAUGAGCUUGAGGCCGAUGGACUUACCAAAGUCUUGGGCAAGGCGAAACUGGCAGUGGCGCGUGUGCAGCUGCGGAUCAUGUGA